GCAGCCAUAGUGUGUUAGGUGGGGUAUCGAAAUGAGACCGAGAAGUCCCACACACAUAUACGUCCACCGCCACCGUCAUCGCCACCGCUAACCGCCCUCUUCUCAUCAUCAUCAUCAUCAUGUUUGAGAUUCUCCUUCUCUGAUCAUUUUUGCAAAACACAACCCUAAGUAAGUUCCCCUCUCUUCUCCUCUCCGUUCAAAUAACAAAGUCAGCCACUACUCUCUUCUCUUCAAAUGAUAUUACCGGUCGACCUGCUAAAUCUCUAUUGAAAUCCCAACUUCCAUCUUCCUUACUAGAUCCGAUCCUCUAUUCUCAAUUCUUACCCGAAUCUCACUCUCUAAAUUUCCGCUUACUCCAUGCUUCAUCACUACACUGUGUGUCGCCAUGGGAGCUGAUAAAAAAUGGAUCUUUGCUCUCUUCUCCGCCGCAUUCGUUUCUGUCAUGCUCUUUCUCUCAUCGAUCUCUGGGUUUAGCGCCUCCUACUAUUCUUAUAGUCCCAAUCGCCCCUUUGCCUCUACUAUCAGCCGCGGCCGUGCCUACCCUCCUGCCUUUGCCUACUAUAUUUCCGGCGGAAGCGGCGAUGUUGACCGCUUAUUCCGCUUGUUGCUUGCAGUGUAUCACCCGCGUAACCGUUAUCUGCUUCACAUAGGGAAAGAUGGAUCGGAUAAUGAGAGACGAAGGUUGGCAAUUUUGGUUAAGUCUGUGCCUGCAAUUCAGUCUUUUGGGAAUGUGGAUAUUGUGGGGAACCCUGAUCCGGUUACUUACAUGGGUGCAACUAAUAUUGUUGCUCCAUUGCACGCUGCAGCUAUACUGUUGAAGGUUGAUACUGGUUGGGAUUGGUUCAUUACUUUGAAUGCAGCCGAUUAUCCUUUGCUUACUCAAGAUGACUUGGCCCAUGUGUUCUCCUCUGUCCAGAGAGGUGUCAACUUCAUUGAUCACACCAGUGAUCUUGGAUGGAAAGAGGACCAAAGGAUCCAGCCAAUUGUGGUUGAUCCUGGGAUUUACUUAGCCAGGAGAACCCAGAUCUUUCGUGCGACAGAAAAGAGGCCAACUCCAGACGCUUUCAAAGUUUUCACGGGUUCUCCAUGGGUGGUUUUAAGUCGGUCAUUCUUGGAAUACUGUGUUGUGGGUUGGGAUAAUCUCCCUCGAACUCUCUUAAUGUACUUCAACAACGCAAUUUUGCCUCAAGAAGUAUAUUUUCAUACAGUCAUUUGCAAUUCCCCAGAGUUUAAGAACACGACAGUCAACAGUGAUCUACGAUACAUGAUGUGGGACAAUCCGCCAAAGAUGGAGCCUCAUUUUCUAGUAGCGUCCGAUUAUAAUCAAAUGGUUCAGAGUGGAGCAGCGUUUGCCAGACAAUUCCAAAAAGACGAUCCAGUUUUGGACAUGGUUGAUGAGAAGAUCCUGAAACGUGGCCGAAACAGGGUUGCCCGGGGUGCUUGGUGCGGCGGGAGAAAUAGCUGGUGGGUAGAUCCUUGCUCACAGUGGGGUGAUGUGAAUGUAUUGAAACCGGGUCCUCAGUCUAAGAAGUUUCAGGAUUCCAUAACAGGACUUCUUGAUGACUGGAGUUCGCAGUCGAAUCAAUGCAAGUGAUGUAACAUGUUAGCCUUCUUCACGAUAUUGUUUUUGGGUUAUGCACGGAUUUGGGAGAGUUCGCCUGAUUGAGCUCAAUCUGUAUGUUACAGUCGUCAAGGUGUGGCCUGGCCUGGACUGGGCUGCUAGCAGUUGGAUGGGAGAAAUCCCAGAACUUGUACCUUUUGUUUACACUUUAGAAGAAGACUAUUGAAUGGUCCAAAUGUCAUUGGACGAGGAAGUCAUUCUUUGAUUUGAAUUCAAACUAAAUCCAACAAUUGAACAAGUAUUCUUCCUUCAUAGUGCUCUUAUUAUAUUUU